ACCGGCUACCCAGCAACCUGAACGUGUGAAGAGGCACUUACUGUACAAUUACACGCAAACACUUAAAGCAUUUGUUACGAUUUUCCCGGUAAAUAGUCGAGUUAUGAGUACCUAACAAUUUGUAAGGUAAUACUAUAAGUAAUUGUAUAUAACAGUUAACAUAAAGCGCAGUAUGUGAUGCCCCCAUUGACCUCAUAUGUGUAUAUAAGAGGGUCCUUUUUACUGCCACUUACAUAGUUCUACUAGUACUGACACCAUGAACACUUUUACUUUCUUCGGUCUGCUGGUCUGCGCCAUUUUGGCAAUGGUGGGCGCUGCACCUGGACAAAAUGCGCCUGAACCAAUACCGGUUGUAGCAGCUGAUGGCAUUCCCAUAGACGAUGUGCUGGAAGGGGCAGAAUCAAGAGGCUACGGCUACAAUAACGGCGGCCAUGGACACCAUGACCACCAUCACCAUCACCACCACGGUCAUUAUGGACAUGGACAUGGACAUUAGGAUCGAUCACAAACAACACUGAUGCCCAAAUCAAUAUUGAUGCUUUAAUUUCCUUUUUUUCUCUCUUGCAUUUGUGUAUUUUUAUAAUUU